UAAACCGCAGCUGUGUCGGCUAUUUUUUCAGUUUCUUGCCUUCAGAUACGCUGCACGCACCACAAUGGAGAUGUGAAUAAGGAUGAGGAUCUCUGCGGAGAAGGAAACAGAGGAAAGGAUCGACUUGGAUGCGGAAGGGGCAAGGUGGAGGCCAGGAGAGUAAACUGCAUUCGAUUGGGUUGAUGGCCAUAAAUGGUCCCAGCCAGCAGCGAGUCGCUCACCAAAAUGAAGAAAUUUUGCCAGAAUUUCGGGAUUUGUGCGUGUGGCUAACCCGAAGAUGAAGGCGAAGGCUAAUGGCCCCCAAAACGACCGCAACGACAGGCAUUUACAAGUUGGCCAACUGUGCGCGACAAGUGCAGAAAAGUGGCAAUAUACCCAUCCAGAUGAAGAGCAUCCAGUGAAUUUAACAAACCACAUCAGUGAACUACCUUUAUGCCACAAGCCAGGAGAUGACCGCGACCACAGCAACAUUGGGAAGCGCAAGAGCAAUAUCAAGGCAACAGCAGCAACAACAACGGCGACAGGGGCCAGGCAAUCGGCCAAACUGUCAGACAUUGUGCGUUGUGUGCCAAAAGAGCAACCGCAAGAGCAACAGCAACAGCAAAUGCAACAUCAACAGCAACAGCAACUGCAACACAACAGCAACAGACAGCCAAGAGACAACGGACAAGCAACAGGCGCAAGUCAAGUGAAUGGCCAAUGACCACCAAAUUGGCAGUAAAGCAUACAAAAAUAACUUCAAAUGGUCAAAAGGUUAACAAAAUCAAGCAGAGAACAAGAGGAGACAGCCAGGAUGCAAGGAGAAGCGCCUGCUGCAGCUGCACGCUCAACAUGUUGCCAACAUUCCGUCAGAGGCAGCAACUGUUGCCGCUUGCCAGUUGCCGGUUGCCGGUGUGCCUGUUGCAGCAACGACGCCACAGCAACAUAAUCCCCCAGCCAGUGCGCAACGAAAAAAUGAUUAAUGAGUUGCCUCAUUACCUGGCGAAAAUCAAUGUCUUGCGCAUAUUCUGUGGACCAAGAACCCGAAGCGAAGC